AUGUACGAGGGCAAGUGGACCGCCCUCACGGUCCGCAAGACCUUCCUCGAGUACUUCGCAGAGAGAGGGCACACGAUAGUGCCCUCCUCUUCCGUGGUCCCUCACAAUGACCCCACGCUCCUGUUCACCAAUGCCGGCAUGAACCAGUUCAAGCCAAUCUUCCUCGGCACAGUGAACAAGACCGACAUAAUGGCGUCCUGGAAGCGCGCGGCCGACUCCCAGAAGUGUAUCCGUGCCGGUGGCAAGCACAACGAUCUCGACGAUGUUGGCAAGGACAGCUACCAUCAUACCUUUUUCGAGAUGCUGGGCAACUGGUCUUUCGGCGACUAUUUCAAGACAGAAGCAGUCCAGAUGUCCUGGGAGCUGCUGACCAAGGUGUAUGGUCUGGAUCCCGAGAGGUUGUAUGUUACCUACUUCGAAGGCAACCCGGAAAUGGGCCUCGAACCCGAUUUGGAAGCCAAGGAGCUUUGGAAAUCCGUCGGCGUGCCUGACGACCAUAUCCUGCCGGGAAACAUGAAGGACAACUUCUGGGAGAUGGGCGACCAAGGUCCUUGUGGACCUUGCUCCGAGAUUCACUAUGACAAGGUGGGAGGCCGUAAUGCUGCCCACCUUGUCAACCAGGACGAUCCAAUGGUGGUCGAGAUCUGGAACAAUGUGUUCAUGCAGUACGACCGGCAAAAGGAUAAGACCCUGAAGUCGCUUCCUGCGAAACACAUCGAUACCGGCAUGGGAUACGAACGUCUCGUCUCUGCACUUCAAGAUAAGAUCUCCAACUACGCCACCGAUGUCUUCACGCCCCUUUUUGCUCGGAUACAAGAGAUCACGGGAGCAAGGCCAUACGAAGACAAGUACGGCAAGGACGACGCUGACGGUAUCGAUACUGCGUAUCGUGUGGUUGCCGACCAUAUCAGGCUGCUUACCUUCUCCAUCGCCGAUGGCGCAGUCCCGAACAACGAAGGAAGAGGGUACGUUGUACGAAGAGUACUCCGGAGAGGCUCACGAUACGCUCGCAAGUACUUCAAUGUCGAGAUUGGAUCUUUCUUCUCCAAGAUCCUGCCUGCUCUCGUCGCUCAGAUGGGUGAACAAUUCCCCGAGAUUGUCAAGAAGCAGAAGGAUAUUGCUGAGAUCCUCGAUGAAGAAGAGGAGGCUUUUGCCAAGACCCUGGACCGUGGCGAGAAACAGUUCGAGAAAUUCGUUGCGGACGUGAAUAAGAAGGGCGAGAAGAAACUCUCCGGUCUCCAGGUCUGGAGAUUGUACGACACCUACGGUUUCCCGGAGGAUCUGACGAAGUUGAUGACUGAGGAGCGUGGCCUGGAGCCAACUGAUGAGGCUGACCUUGCGAAAGCAAGGGAAGAGGCACGCGAGGCCAGUAAGAAGGUCAAGGACAAGGCACAGGCGUUCCCUAAGCUCAAUGUGCACCAGAUCGCCGAGCUCGAGAACCAGCACAACCUGCCCAGGCCAGAUUCCGAGCCCAAGUACGGCAAGGGCGAUAUCACUGCAAACGUGCAAUUAAUAUUCACCGGCGAGAAAUUCGUCAAGUCCUCCAAGGACAUCCCAGCGGACACUCCGCUCGGUCUCAUCCUCGACAAGACAAAUUUCUACGCCGAGUCCGGUGGUCAGGUCGCCGAUACCGGUCGGAUUCUCGUGGAUGAUGAUGUCGCCGAGUUCAAGGUCCAAGACGUGCAGGAGUAUGGAGGAUAUAUCGUUCACAUCGGGUAUUUCGACCAUGGAUCUCUGUCCGCCGGCGACAAGGUGAUUUGCGAGUACGACGAGCUUCGUCGUCAGCCUAUCCGCAACAACCAUACCGGCACGCACAUUCUCAACCACUCACUCAGGGAAGUCCUAGGUGACGAUGUCAACCAGAAAGGCUCGCUUGUGGAUGACGACAAAUUGAGGUUUGACUUCAGCCACAAGCAGGGUGUGACGAACGCAGAACUCAAGAAAAUCGAGGACGGGUCCAAUGCGUACAUCCGUCAGAACUGCAAGAUAUACUACAAAGACGUUGACCUCGAGGCUGCGAAGCAGAUUGAGGGUGUUCGCGCCGUGUUUGGAGAGACUUAUCCCAACCCGGUCCGGGUGGUGAGCGUGGGUAUCGACGUAGACAUGCUUCUGGAGAGCCCAAAGAACCCCGAAUGGAGGAAAGUCAGCGUCGAGUUCUGUGGCGGAACUCACGUGGACCAGACGGGAAUCAUCAAAGACCUAGUCAUUGUCGAGGAAAGUGGCAUUGCGAAGGGAAUCCGAAGAAUCGUUGCCUACACUGGCGACGCGGCACACGAUGUGCAGCGAAUCGCUCGCGAGUUUGCGGGUAGGCUCGAACAACUGGACAAGUUGCCUUUCGGACCGGAGAAGGAGGACCAAGUGAAGAAGACGGGCGUAGACCUUAACCAGCUCACCGUCUCGGUGCUGGACAAGGAGGACCUCAAGGCGACGUACGCCAAGAUCCAGAAGGGAGUUGCCGAGGAGCAGAAGAAACGCCAAAAGGCCGAGAGCAAGACCGCGCUGGACACGGUGACGGGACACUUCGCGAAGCCUGAGAACAAGGAGGCGACGUGGUUCGUCGGACAGCUGCCGAUCAGCGCCAACAUGAAGGCUGUCAGUGAUGUGAUGACGCACUUCAAGAGCAAGGACAAGACCAAGAGUGUGUAUGUUUUUGGAGGAUCCAAGGAGGCAGGAGUGGUACAUGGUGUCUAUGUCGGAACGGACCUCGCCUCCAAGGGUAUCACCGCUGAGAAAUGGUCGACCACGGUCACCGAGAUCAUCGGCGGCAAGGCAGGAGGCAAGGAGCCCACCCGGCAAGGCGCUGGCACGCAGCCUGAGAAGAUCGAGGAUGCGGUCAAGAAGGCUGAGGAGUGGUUGGUUGCGGAGAUAGACAAGCUGAAGAUCUGA